AAGAGCAAGUGACUUGAAACAUCACAGACUGACCUCACCAGAUCACCAUUCACAAUGUUAUAAAACCUCAGCUUCUUCGAACUUGCGUUCCCAUUUAUCAGCCAGCAUUGGUUCCUCGAAACUUCCCGGAAAAGAAAAACCUUAACAACCAAAUCAAAAUGACCAUUUUACCCUUCCUCUUCUGCUUCCUCAUCUCCAUCCCCUUAACCGUAAUAUCUCAGCUCGACGAACGGUCAACGCUUCUUAACCUGAAAAGCCUCCUCGGCCACCCACCGUCCCUCCGCCUAUGGAACGCCACGUCAUCUCCGUGCCAUUGGCCAAAAAUCACCUGCGCCGCCGGGAAAGUCACCGGAAUAAACUUCAAGAACCAGAACUUCACCGUCGCCGUUCCGACGAGCAUAUGCGACUUCCCAAACCUCAAUUUUCUCGAUCUAUCGUAUAACUACUUCCCCGGCGAGUUUCCGACGACUCUCUACAACUGCACGAAGCUCCGGCACCUCGAUCUCUCCCAGAACAACUUCAACGGCACACUCCCCGCCGACAUCCACCGCCUCUCGCGCCUCCUCGAGUAUCUCGACCUCGGAGCCACCGUCUUCUCCGGCGACAUCCCGAAGACGAUCGGUCUCCUCUCGAACCUCAAGGUGCUGAAUCUCUACCAGAGCGAGUACAACGGCACGUUUCCGUCGGAGAUCGGGGACUUAUCCGAGCUCGAGGAGCUUCGAAUGUCGUACAACGAUAAGCUUCUGCCGGCGAAGAUCCCGGCGGAGUUUGGGAAGUUGAAGAAACUGAGGUACUUGUGGCUAACGGAGAUGAAUCUGAUCGGAGAAAUCUCGGCCGUUGAUUUUGGGAGCUUGACGGAUCUCGAGCACGUGGACUUAUCUGUUAACAAACUAACGGGUCGGAUCCCGGACGGGUUACUCGGGUUGAAGAAUCUAACCGAUCUCCUUCUCUACGCGAAUGACUUUACCGGAGAGAUCCCAAAAUCUAUUACCGCGACGAACUUGGUAGCGCUUGAUCUCUCCGCCAACGACUUAACCGGUUCGAUCCCGGAAUCAAUCGGGGAUCUGAAGAAAUUAGAGUAUCUAAACCUGUUCAAUAACCAGUUAACCGGAGUAAUCCCGUCGGUUAUCGCGAAAUUACCGAGAUUAAAGGAUCUGAAACUCUUCACCAACAAGUUAACCGGAGAAAUACCGGUUGAAAUCGGGUUUAAUUCAAAUUUAGAGAGCUUCGAAGUAUCGGAGAAUCAGUUAACCGGUAAAUUACCGGAGAAUCUCUGCAAGGGAGGUCGUCUUCUCGGCGUUGUUGUAUACUCCAACAAACUCACCGGCCUAAUUCCAGAUUCUCUCGGAGACUGUAAGUCUCUCCUCACGGUUCAGCUACAGAACAAUAACUUCUCCGGCGAGUUUCCUUCCCGGAUCUGGACUGCUCCCCAUAUGUACAGCUUACAGGUGAGUAACAACUCCUUCACCGGGAAGUUACCGGAGAGAGUCGCGUGGAACCUUUCGAGGAUUGAGAUAGAUAACAAUAACUUCUCCGGCGAGAUUCCGAGAACAAUCGGUUCUUGGUCUUCUCUAGCUGAGUUCAAAGCCGGAAACAACGGCUUCUCCGGCGAGAUUCCGAGGGAGUUAACAUCUCUUUCGAAUCUCAUAUCAAUCUUCCUCGAUAAGAACAGUCUCUCCGGUGAGUUGCCUGACGAGAUCAUCUCGUGGAAGUCGUUGACGACGAUAAACCUAUCGAAGAACAAACUCUCCGGGAAGAUCCCGAGGGGGUUAGGAUCGUUGCCGCAUUUGCUGAAUCUUGAUCUCUCGGAGAAUGGAUUCUCCGGCGUGAUCCCGCCGGAGAUCGGGAAUCUGAAGCUCACGACUCUUAACUUGUCGUCGAACAGGCUUACCGGGGAAGUCCCCGACCAGCUUGAUAACCUUGCUUACGAGAGAAGUUUCUUUAACAACUCGAACCUCUGUGCGGACAAACCGGUUCUUAACUUACCGGAUUGUCGGAAAGUGAUACGGAGAUCAAAAGGGUUGCCGGGGAACAUCUUCGCGAUGAUUCUAGUCAUCGCAAUUCUCCUCCUUGCCAUCACUCUGCUUGGAACGUUCUUUGUGGUUCGAGACUACACAAGGAAACGAAGAAGGAGGAAAGGGUUAGAGACGUGGAAGCUAACUUCCUUUCACAGAGUAGAUUUCGUAGAUUCCGACAUCGUGUCGAACCUGAUGGAACACAAUGUCAUCGGGAGCGGCGGGUCGGGGAAAAUCUACAAGAUCUUCAUCGAAGGCUCGGGACAAUAUGUAGCGGUGAAGAAGAUAUGGAACAAGAAGAAACUCGACACGAACCUAGAGAAGGAGUUUCUCGCUGAAGUUGAGAUUCUCGGAACGAUCAGGCACGCGAAUAUAGUGAAACUACUGUGUUGCAUUUCGAGAGAGGAUUCAAAGCUUCUUGUGUAUGAGUAUCUGGAGAAACGGAGCUUGGAUCAAUGGCUACACGGUAAGAAGAAGAGAGGUAAUGUAGAGGAUAAUAGCCUGAACUGGGCGCAGAGGUUGAAUAUCGCGGUGGGAGCAGCUCAAGGGCUUUGCUACAUGCAUCAUGAUUGUACUCCUGCGAUCAUACACAGAGAUGUUAAGUCGAGCAACAUCUUGCUUGAUUAUGUUUUCAACGCCAAAAUUGCGGAUUUUGGGUUAGCUAAAUUGUUGGUUAAGCAAAACCAAGAACCUCAUACCAUGUCGGCUGUUGCUGGAUCCUUCGGUUACAUUGCUCCAGAAUACGCAUACACAUCAAAGGUAGAUGAAAAGAUCGAUGUGUACAGCUUUGGGGUAGUUUUGCUAGAGCUGGUGACUGGAAGAGAAGGAAACAAGGGAGACGAACAUACAAACUUGGCAGAUUGGUCAUGGAGACAUUACCAAUCUAGCAAACCGAUUGAAGAGGCUCUCGAUGAGGACAUCAACGAACCUUCCAACACAGAGGAGAUGACAACCGUGUUCAAGCUAGGUCUAAUGUGUACUAACACACUGCCUGGUAACAGACCUACCAUGAAGGAGGUCUUAUAUAUGCUUCGCCAACAAGGACAUGGGGAGACAAAAAAGACUGCAACAGAGGCACAUGAGGCACCUCUACUCGUUAGUUUAUCUGGUAGGAGGACAAGUAAAAGGAUAGAAGAUGAAGAACUAGGUUUUGUAUAAAUCAAUAAUCACAGCUUGAAGGUUGCUACUGUUUGGAGUUAGAGUGUGUACAAUAAAGCACCACUACGGCACUACUACUUAGUUGAUUUAGGCGACAUGACAAGUUAGAAGAUGAAGAACUAGGUGUUGUGUAAUCAAUAAUCACAACUUUGAGGUUGCUACUUUUUUGAUAGUGUGUACAAAUGUAUUUAGAAACCUUUUAGGUUUUUUUGGGUACUCAUGUUUUGUAUUAUUCAAAGCAAAAGCUUCAAGCAGCUAUUUUGUUGUUGUAACUUGUAACAUAUAUUAAAAAAAAAAACACAAUAACUAAUA